AUCUACUCUGCAAUCUACUCCGGCGUCCCCGUAUACGAAAUGAUGUGCGGCGAUACCCCCGUCAUGCGCAGAAUGGGUGACUCGUACAUGAACGCAACUCAGAUACUCAAAGUCGCUGGGUUCAGUAAGCCAAAGCGCACAAAGAUUUUGGAAAGAGAGAUUUUGCCCGGCGAACACGAGAAGAUUCAAGGAGGUUAUGGGAAGUUUCAAGGGACUUGGAUUCCCUUGCAUAUCGGAAAAAGUCUUGCUGGGAGGUGA